AUGUCCUUUACCACAACUACACAUCUCAUCGACCUCCAACGCGACGUGAAGUUGCACGUUAAACGCUCUUUUCCCACAAGGGAACCGCCUAUACCAGCUGCCGAAAUGACAGCAGUUAUCUUUCUACAUUUCUGGGGUGGAUCAAUAUCGACUUGUGCCCAAGUCAAUGCUCUGGUUGCAACGACUUGCCCAACUAUCCGCAUUGACUUUCGGGGAUGGGGAAACUCUAUUGGCCCUGACGAUGAGAUGGAAUACUCGACGAUUAAGCUCGCGCAAGACGUGGAGAAUAUCAUUCGCCACCUUCAUCUGAAAUCAUAUAUUAUAGUCGGCCAUUCAAUGGGCGCCAAAGUUGCACAAGCGGUUGCAGGCCGAAAGGUUAAUUACGGUCUGGUAGGCCUUGUUCUGGCCUGUCCAGCCCCUCCGACGCCUCUAAAUCUGUCCCACGAGAUGCGGGACCAGCAAAUGCAUGCCUACGACAACGCCCAAAAUGCCGAGUUUGUCACGCAAAGAGUUCUUACUUCGAAGCAACUGCCAAUCGAUAUAGUGCAGUCUACAGUAAAUGACAUGCUCAAAGCUAGCAGCCAUGCUAAGCGUGCGUGGCCGGAAUAUGCUAUGGGUGAAAACAUCUUGGAUUUAGCAAAGAGCAUCCAGGUGCCUGUGCUUGUCAUUGCGGCAGGGAAGGACGUUGUCGAACCUGUUGCUAGAGUUAAGGCGGAAGUAUGUGCCAAUAUUCCAGGCGCCAGGCUUAUUACAAUUGAUGAUUCAGGGCAUCUAAUACCCCUAGAAGCUCCGGAAGAGAUGGCUGAGAUAAUUAUUGGCUUUUUGUCUAAUCCUGAAUAGACAUGGAGCGUAGGGUGUCAAUCCUUAUGAAUUAGUUAGAUUAUCGCUACGCAUCUCCUCUCGUAUAGGCGUAUCAUCUCAUCUGCACGAAAAGAAUUCCC